AUGCGGCGGCAUCCGGAUCUUGCAACCUGGCUGCUCUUGCUGCUGGCGCCCCUCCACAGCUUCUGCUUGGUUGUCCACGGCGAUCGCUGGCAGCCAUAUCAGCAUCAGCCAGACAACGGAAAUGGACAGCUCCCUUUGGGGAAGCAUCGCCUAGCUCCAUCCACGUCUGACCUCCAAGCUCCGUAUGCGCCGCCAUUUCCGCGCCGGCCAGGCAAACAUCCAGCAGGCUUCAUUGCGCUCGGAGACUCCUACUCCGCGGGCAUCGGCACAGGCCUCUCCAACGGCACCGAAGAUGACUGUCGCCACGGCUACAACGCCUACCCGAUGCUGGUGCAGGGCGACUUGAACCGCGACCACGGCGACCAUGCGCCAACCUUUCAGUUCCUCUCAUGCACGGGUUCCACUGUCGACGACAUGCUUGCCGGCGCCGAGCACAGCCAGAUUGACGAAUUCAACACCACCGAUACUGCCGAUUUCGCGCUUCUAUCCGUUGGCGGCAACGACUUGGGCUUCUUCGACAUCAUGAACAGCUGCAUCUUCCGCUUCUACAGCUUCUAUUCUGGCACCUGCGAGGCCGCCCUCCAGCGAGCCGACGAGCAGAUGGCCAGCACCCAGUUUGAAGACCGUCACCGCCUCGCCAUCAUGGAAAUCCUCGACCGCGUGCGAUGGGAGAAGAGGCCGUGGUUCACCAUCACCGUGACCGGAUACGCCCGCUUCUUCAACGCCGACACGGACGAGUGCGACGACUACUCCUUUGGCCUGUGGUGGCGAGGCCCGAAGCUAAAGCGCGAGCUUCGACAGCGCAUGAACGACAUGGUUGUUGCCGUCAACGCCAAGAUCCGGAAAUCUGUCGAUGCUAUCAACGCGGCCUUUGCGGAGCCGAGGGUCCUCUUUGUCGAUUACGACGAUGCCUUUGAGGGGCAUCGCUUUUGUGAACCGAAUGUUGUAGAGCCGGAUUAUGCGAGAAACGAAACUUGGUUUUUUCUAGUUGGUGGUUUGGACAACGCUCCACCGCAACUGGGGGAGCCUGGGCCUGGGCCUAAAGAUACCCUGUUGCCUGCUGGUUCUCCGCUGAUUGAUGCUCAAAAUUGCAUUGGGCCUGCGCAGAAGUCUGGGGAUUGGGGAGAAAUGGCAUUGUGCAUGAUGGCCAUGGCUGCCGAUAGGGACCCCAUGUUGCGGAUGGCGGAUGGAGAGGUUGCAGCACAGAAUUCCAUGUGGUAUGUGCCCACAUAUUACGGCAAGACGUUUCAUCCGCGUACUCUCGGUCACAUGGCCAUGCGAGAUCGAAUAUACAAAGCAUGGCUUCCAGCAUUGAAGCUCCUUGUGCCUGUCAGCCGCCUAGCGCCAGAUGCUAGCUAUCCCGAGCUCGCAGCGACCCGUCAAAGUGCCGCUUACAUCAUGGCGCCGGAGGCAGAAUCGCGCAAAGAUCAAACCAUCAAAGUGGCAUCCAAGAAAGACUCCAAAAAUGGAAACAUCAAGCUCAAGAAGUCGGCGCCAAAGCACAACAAGCCGGGGAAUUGGAUGGACGGCAGCAUAGUCGAGGGUAGGAGACGCAUUCCUUCUCCCAAGCCAAGCCCAGGUCGGUAUGCUGACGUAGCGCAAGAAGACAAGAAGAAAGGCAGCAAUCCCCCAACUUCGGCUGCAGUGUCCCCCGGUCCAGUUGUCAACCAGCUAGAAGACUCGGCACGCGAGACCUUUGCCACCGGACGGCCCCUGGAAGACCCUCCUGAGCUGCAGCAAUGCAAGCACUGCAAAAAGAGCAUACUCAAGACAGCCGCCAAGGCACACGUUGCGGCGUGCCUCAAGGUGAAGAAGGAAAAGGCACAGCGGAAGAAGGAGGCCCGCGAGGCGCGAGAGCGAGCUAAAGAGGCAGCGCGGGAAGAAGAAGCCAAAAAGAACGAUGAUGACGACAAAGAUGAAGAUAGUGAAGAAGAUGACAAGAAGGCCGGAAAAAAAGCUGCCAGCAAAAAGCCAGGCGAUGACAAAGUCAGCAAGAAGCGCAAAGCAGAUACUGAGGCGGAGAAGGCGCCCAAAUCCAAGAAGAAGAAGGAUGAGCCAAAAGCCAAACUUCCAAAACCAAAGGGACCUGUUGAUGUGGAGCGACAAUGUGGUGUUAUUCUGCCCAACGGACAGCCUUGUGCCCGUUCAUUGACUUGCAAAAGCCACUCCAUGGGAGCAAAGCGUGCCGUCGCAGGUAGAUCCCUACCUUAUGACAUGCUUCUGGCCGCCUACCAGAAGAAGAAUCAAGCUAAGCAGCAGAAAGCCGCAUUGGAUGCAAACGCACCUCUUGAGGAUGAAGAUGACGCCAACAACGGCCCGGUGGACUCUGACGAGGAAACCGGCGCCGUCAUGAAUGCUUUGGCUCACUGGAACCCCCAGCCCCUGAUCCCACAGCCCGUCUUCAACCCCAUCAGGCGUCAGUACCAGCUGGCAAGACUUCAUGAGCAGCUUCAAAUGGCCACUAAUGGAGGCCGCACAAACAUUUUCAAGGUUACAGGCUUUGGCGCACAGAGAAUGCCGGGGAGCCAAUCUGCCUUGGUGGAGAAUGAAGACGCUCCUGGCGAAGACUUGGAAACCAUCUCCAUCCCGGGAUCAGCGAGGCAAGCUAGUUUUGGCAUGCCUGCGCCACCACAGAGGCAGGCCUCGGUGGCAAGCCGUGGAUAA